AUGGCCACCUCACCAUUCGACCGCACGAAAUUCGUCUCCGAGCUCACGGCGCUUUGUCACUCCCUAGACGCUCCAUACUCCCAGCAGAAAGUCGAGCAGAUCCUAUCAGCAUUCGACGAACAUCUGGACAACUCAUACGUCUGGCUGCGAUGCACCAGCAAGCCCAAAGAUAUCGUCAACUUCCGCCUCGCCUUCCAUGGCAAAUUCGUCGAUACCACAUCGAUCGAAGCCAAUGCUGGUUGGAUCGACAUCGAGAAUCCGCUCGCCAAAGUCAAUAGAUCGUGGAGUUCACGAGCAAACGCAGAGGAGUGGUGCGACUUCGAUCCCAGUCGAGGGAUAGCGAAGAACUGGGUCUACUUCCAACGCAUACAACCCUUCCAGGAGAUCCUGUCUGCGUCUGGCUUGCCAGCUGCUGCUGCUUCCCGAGUGCCCGAUCUUCAAGCGGCCGGUCUGGACGACCAGGUGAACUUCGCGGCGGUCGAUUACACGAACAAGAGCAUCAACGUCUACUUUCUCCUCGACGGGGGCCUGACCGCUGAGCGGGCGGCGAAGUACGUCGCUUUGGCUGGAUCGAAACCUCCUUCAGAAGAAGAGGUUCAGGUCAUGAGCGAUCAUAUGAACCCCAUGUUCACCUUUGGCGUCACCAUCAUCCCCGAGACCGGCCACAUCCCUCGGGUCGCAUUCUACGCAACGGUCGGGGAUGCUGAGAGCUUCCCGCCCUUGAAGGACCAUGAGCGCCUGAGGAAGUUCUACAGAGAGGCUCCGUGUCACGACCCGAAACGACUAGAGAUUAUUUGUUGGUCGUACGGCGCCGACGAUUCGAAUAAGUAUAUGAAAGGAGAGGCGAGCUAUGCGGGGUAUAAUGAGGAUUUCUCGAGGAGGAUGUUUGAGCGCUGGAUAGAGAGCCCCGCUUGA